AUGACCCGUGUGCCCUUAGAUCUGUCAGAAUGCCAAUUGAUGCAGGUACCAGAUGCCGUCUAUCACCUAAUGCGACACACGGAACUCAAGAGCUGCGACCUUUCCGGCAAUGUCAUCACCAAGAUACCCCCGAAAUUCGCCGUCAAGUUCUCUCUUAUCACCGAGUUGAACCUCAGCCACAACCAGAUGAGCAAACUGCCCGAGGAGCUGUCCGAACUCCAGGCCCUCGAGAGACUCGACAUAUCACACAAUGCCUUUAUCGAUCUACCCACUGUCACCUGUCGGAUACCUCAGCUCAAACGUUUACUCGCCAACAACAACUCCAUCAUAGGUAUGCAAUGUUCAAAUCUCUACUUGUAA